AUGGGGGAGUCCAUCAGGGAGGGGGGGACAGAGGUGAUGGGGGACUCCAUCAGGGAGGGGGGUACAGAGGUGAUGGGGGAGUCCAUCAGGGAGGGGGGGACAGAGGUUAUGGGGGAGUCCAUCAGGGAGGGGGUGACAGAGGUGAUGGGGGAGUCCAUCAUGGAGGGGGGGACAGAGGUGAUGGGGGAGUCCAUCAGGGAGGGGGGAACAGAGGUUAUGGGGGAGUCCAUCAGGGAGGGGGGGACAGAGGUUAUGGGGGAGUCCAUCAGGGAGGGGGUGACAGAGGUGAUGGGGGAGUCCAUCAUGGAGGGGGGGACAGAGGUGAUGGGGGAGUCCAUCAGGGAGGGGGGAACAGAGUGGCGUGGGUUUGGCUCGUGCUCCUCCUGGUCCCGCGGUUUUGCAUGGUGUCCAGAGGAUUUGCAUGGAGCCUGCGGUUGA